CUCAGUGCAAGCAUCUCGACCCUCUUCUAUAUUAACCUACACUUACGUCCACCUCUACGAGGCUUCACUCUCAUCUGGGGUUCACUUUAUUCCGUGGUUCUGCGUUUAUCAGGUAUAUGAUUGUAGUGCAAAUUUGAAGCUAAAGGAAGAGAAGGUAGAAAAUGACGAAGAAGAAGAAUCCUUUGGUUUUUCUGGAUGUCUCAAUUGACGGAGACCCAAGGGAAAAAAUGGUUUUUGAGCUUUUUUAUGACCACACUCCAAAAACAGCCGAGAAUUUUCGUGCUCUGUGUACAGGAGAGAAAGGCAUUGGUCCCAAAACUGGAAGACCACUACAUUACAAGGCAUCUUUUUUUCAUCGGAUUAUUAAAGGCUCCAUGGCACAGGCUGGAGAUUUUGUCAAACGAGAUGGUACUGUUGGAGAGAGCAUAUAUGGUGGAAAAUUUCCAGGUCACGGAGUCCCACUUGUUUUCCAUGAGGUUCUUCCCCUACAUUGAUAGGGUUCCUUUUCAUCCAAAUGAACCUCCUCGAUUAAAACAUGAUGGACCUGGUCUUCUAUCAAUGUCAAUUGCUGACCGGGACACUUUAGGCUCGCAUUUUCUUAUCACAUUUAAGGCUAAUAGCCAUCUUGACAGGAAGCAUGUAGUAUUUGGAAAGCUUGUCCAAGGUUUUGAUGUACUGAAAAAGAUAGAAAGCGUGGAUGUAGAAGAUGGCGUUCCAACUGUUACGGUGAAAAUUGUCAAUUGUGGCGAAUUUAACGAGGAAAAAAGAAAGGUGAAUAAAAUGAAGACAGGAAAGACUGCUUCUUCAGACGAUGAUAGUCAUGAUGAAAAGAGACGAGGAAAGCAGAAAAAACCAAGGGAGAGGAAGAGGAGGAAGAGAAGAUACCACACGUCUGAGUCGGAUAGUUCUUCCGAUUCAGAAUUAGACUAUGACUCUGAGAGUGAUACUGACACCGAUUUGUCGUCGUCAUCUUCUGAAAGUUCUUCAAGUGAUGACAGGUCUAGAAAGAGAAAGAGGACUUCUAAGAGAGGCAAAUAUAGGCGUGGGAGAAGAAAGGAUAAAAAACGGGACAGAAAGAGACGGAAGCAUGAUAAGAAGUCGAAGAGAAAAUCUAAAAGGGACUUGGACAGUCUUACUGAUACUGAAAGUGAUAGCAAAAGCAGAAGCACUUCUGAGCAAGAUGGCCUAGAUGUUCAAGGGAAAGAUCUAAACCGUCAAGGCUUGUCAGUGAAAGCUGCUGAAGAUGUACCUCAAGUCUCAGAUACCCGCCAUAGAAGAAGAGGAGAGGCAGAUUUGGCGGAAAAGGAUGCAGACGGAUCCCCGAAGGAGAAUGGUGAGCGAAGCCGCAAUGGCGUUGCUGCGGUGGAUUCUAAAUCUGACAAAAGCUCAGAAAGACAACCUGAUGUUCUAGACGACCACCCUGGAAAAUCUAGGAGUCGAAGCAUUAGUCCUAGAAGGACGAUGAGUAAGAGUAUGAGCAUUAGUCCAAGGAAGAGUCGCAGCAAGAGCCGUAGUGUUAGCCUGAAACGAAGUAUGAGCAGGAGUCGAAGCCCUCAGGCACAAUUGAGGAGCAGGAGCAGAAGCAAGAGCAAGAGCAAGAGCGUCAGCAGAAGUCCUGUUCGAAAUAGUAGCAGGAGCGCCAGCAGAAGUCCUGUUCGAAAUAGUAGCAGGAGCGCCAGCAGAAGUCCUGUUCGAAAUGGUAGUAGAAGCAUCAGCAGAAGUCCUGUUAGAAAUGGUAGCAUGAGCCCAGGUAGAAGUAUUAGCAGGAGCCCAGAUAGGGUAAGGAAAGGUAGGAGUAUCAGUAGAAGCCCCCCAUUACGAACCAGGUCUCAGAGAGGUGUCAGCAGAAGCCCCUUGAGAUCCAAUCCACAUAGAAGUCCAAGCAGGAGUCCACCUAGAAGAGCCUCUAGGAAAUCAAUUAGUAGGAGUCCUGCAAGAGUUUCCAGAAGUGCAAGCAGAAGUCCAGUAAGGUCCUCUCGUCAGAGCUUGAGCAGAAGCUCAGGUAGGGCGCCUUCUAGGAGAAGUAUCAGCCAAAGUCCUCGAGCACCAGUUAGGAAUCGAAGGAGCUACUCUAGGAGUCCUAGUCCCAUCCGAAGGCCAAAGUCACCAGUUUCUGAUAGAGGUAGAAGUGCAUCAAGAAGUGUUUCUCCAGAAGGGUCUCCAAAGCGCAUCAGGAGGGGCCGUGGUUUUAGUGAGCGAUAUUCAUUUGCUCGAAGGUACAGAACACCCUCAAAGUCUCCUGUCAGGUCAUACCGUUACAGUGGAAGAGGUGAACGUGACAGAUAUUCAAGUUACAGAAGGUAUUCUCCUAGGCGUUAUCGAAGCCCUCCUAGAGGAAGGUCUCCGUUAAGAUACAGAAACAGAAGAAGCAGGACUCCCUCUGCAUCCCGUAGUCCUCGUUACCGCAGUCGUCGUAGUCGACGUUAUAGCCGUAGCCGAACCCCAAUUCGGAGCCGUUCCCCAGUCGAGAGAUCCAGGUCUCGUGUGUCUCCUAGAGUAGUUGGGCGGAAAUCUCCUUCAAGGAGCAGAUCCCCAUCGAAAUCAAGGUCCCCUGCUGACUCGCCAUCCCCCAGAAGGAGUAGCAGAGAUCGGUCCAGGUCAUCACCUUCUGGUAGCCCAGAUGGGAAGAAGGGUCUGGUCUCUUACGGUGAUGGAUCUCCAGAUUCAGAUAGGUGAAAAAAAAAAAAAGGGUUCGAGCUCGAAAGACAAAAAAAACUCGUUUUCGUGGAGACUAUCCGAAAUGAAUUUAGGCGUUGUAUUAUUAUUAUUAAAUCCGGCUUAGAUCUGUACCAGAGUAUGCUUCGUAGGAUAUUAAGUGAAUAAUAUUAUCAUCUUGGAUCGUGUUUUUAUUAGGUAUUCAGACAGUGUUUGUAUGUUUGCUUCGAUAUCUCAUGUUAGAUUAAAAUCCGAAGAUUCUAGUUGCUACAA